AUGUCAUUUUUCUCUCGGGUCUGGUCUCGAUUAGGUGACAGGGCACCACUGCGACCACGCGUAUUUAAUAAUCCAAACUUCAUUCGAAUCCCUGCCAUCAACAAAGUUGAGGAGGAGACACUACCAGACUAUCUCCCAGCACGUUAUUACCCCGUAAAUAUCGGUGAAGUAUUUGCCGAUCGGUAUCAAGUAGUCGGGAAGCUUGGCUAUGGCGCCGGCUCAACAGUCUGGCUGGCGAACGACCUCAGGAAGAAAUCAUAUGUCUCUCUCAAGCAGCGCGCGUCCAGCCACCCAGGCCGCAGCGCUGUCAGAACUCUGCUAGACUCUUUCCAAAUCAAGGGACCGGAUGGCGAUCAUCUGGUCCUCGCACACCCACCACUCUGGAAAAGCAUCGAAGCAGCCAUCCGUCGCAGUUCGCCUCGGAGGCUUCCUCCCUUUGGCACGCGCUACGUCUUGAAAGACCUUUUCAUGGCGUUGGAGUACCUACAUGAUGAAUGUCAGAUCAUACACACUGAUAUCAAAGCGGACAACAUCAUGUUCAGUAUCACGGAUACAUCCGUCUUCGCGGAAUUCGAGGAAGGAGAGAUACACGAUCCACGUCCCCGUAAAGAGGUAGAAGGGAAAAUCAUCUAUACUUCCCACACAAUGAAAUCUACUGGCAUGGUUGGUCCACCGGUACUAUGUGACUUCGGUUCUGCUGUACUUGGAGAUUCCGAGAACGUCGAGUGUGUCCAGCCCAGCGUCUACAGGUCCCCGGAGGUGACAUUAGAAGCCUGA